AUGGCCUUCAUGGAGAAAAAGUCAAAGAUCUCCGCCUCGAGAAAACUGCAGCUGAAGGAGCCGGAGGUGGAGGGAGAGGAGGAGCGCCCCAAACCAAGCCGCCCCGUGGUACCUCCACUGAUCCCCCCAAAGAUCCCGGAAGGGGAACGUGUGGACUUCGAUGACAUCCACCGGAAGCGCAUGGAGAAAGACCUGUUGGAGCUGCAGACGCUCAUCGACGUGCACUUCGAGCAGCGCAAGAAGGAGGAGGAGGAGCUCAUUGCGCUGAAAGACCGCAUUGAGCGGCGCCGGGCGGAGAGAGCGCAGCAGCAGCGCUUCAGAACCGAGAAGGAGCGGGAGCGGCAGGCCCGGCUGGCGGAGGAGAAAAUGCGGAAGGAAGAGGAGGAGGCCAAGAAGCGGGCUGAGGAUGAUGCCAAGAAGAAGAAGGUCCUGUCCAACAUGGGGGCCCAUUUUGGGGGUUACCUGGUCAAGGCAGAACAAAAGCGGGGGAAGCGCCAGACGGGGCGGGAGAUGAAGCUCCGCAUCCUGUCUGAGCGGAAGAAGCCUCUGGACAUUGACCACUUGGGCGAGGAGCAGCUCCGAGUCCUCUGUGAAACAUGUCACGGAUACAGGGCCCACUCUGUGGGUGCCGAGACCUCAUCGCCCUCCCUCCCUCCGCAGAUCAACCUGCUCUACAAUCGCAUCAGCCAUGCCCAGAAGUUCCGGAAGGGGGCAGCGAAGGGCCGCCUUGGAGGCCGCUGGAAGUGAGGAUGGGGGGGGGCCACCCGGAGGCGUCCGAGCCCCUGGAGUGCUGGUCCCGUCUGUGUCCUGAAAUAAAGGCUCCGCCCGCGGGCACCUGCUGA